GUCCCAUGAACUUUCUUUAUUUGUCGUUGAUAUUUCAUAAAAUAUUAACGAAUUUUAAAAAAUUAAAAUAUUUUACACAUCACUGAUGUGUAUAUUUUGUUUUGACCUAAGGGAAAAAGCUAAUUAAAUUUCAACUAGGUAGUAUUGCUUGUUUGUCACAAAUAAAAGAGUUUUCAGACCUUUCAUAGCAAAUCUAAUCUAUUUCAAUUAAAAAAAAAAUCUAAAAAUGUACAUAUCGUAGUUAUGAUUCAUAACAGCGGUUUCAUCCCUAAUAUGAAUAGUUUUGGCCAGCCAAAUAAUUUUUUUUAAUAAUAUUCCGAUAAACAGAAGAAGUCAAAAUAUGAGUGCAUUUACAGAACAAGCUCUUAUUAAAAAGUUAGCAGAUCUCAAUUCAAGUUCACAAUCAAUUCAAACGCUUAGCUUAUGGCUAAUUCAUCAUCGUAAACAUCACCAAAAUAUUGUAAAAAUUUGGUUCAAAGAAUUACAAAAAGCGAUUGCAAAUAGAAAGCUUGUAUUUAUGUAUCUUGCAAAUGAUGUUAUUCAAAAUUCAAAGAAGAAAGGUCCAGAAUAUACUGAAUCGUUCAGCACAAUCCUUUCAAAAGCUUUCAAAGAUAUUUCACAGAAAUGCGAGGAUGAGAAAACAUUUAAAAGUCUCGACAGAAUAUUAAAAAUUUGGGAUGAGAGGGGAGUAUAUGAUUCAGAGAAGAUAAAAGAUUUCAAUGCAAAUCUCAAUGCAAAAGGUAAACUCUCAUCCUUAAUGUCAAAUGAAGCAAAGAAUAAAGAAGAAAGUACUUCUUCACGUAAACGAAAAACUGAAGAGCCUUCAACAAGUGCAACUAAUGGGAAUGAUAAAAAGAAAUCCAAAGUUCCAACUCCUUCAAAAGCGAAAGUAGUCGAAGUAAAUGGAGAAACUCACAUAACUUUAUCACCUCAGCUUCCUGUAAGUGACCCUCCAGAACCUGAAGAGCUCAUAAAAAUGCUUCAAGAUCUUGAGGAAGCUGCUUCAAGUGACGCUAUUACUAGAGAAAGAAUAACUCGACUUCCACCAGAAGUCAGUAACCUAGAAGCGCUUUCCAAAAUUGAAGACAAAGAUGCAGCCAUCAAACUUGCAGCAAAAGUUAAUGACGCUGUUCAACUAUUAAAAGAUUAUAAUACUCGUUUAGCUUCGGAAAUGACUGAAAGAAAUAAGCUAACUGUAAUGUUGAAAGAUUUCCAACGUGAACAACAAGAACUUUUAGCACAAGCAGAACAAAGGCUGGAGGAGUAUACAGCAAAACUUAAGAGGAUCAAGGAAGUACAAAAUGAAGUGAAGAGUCAUUUAGAGAAUCUACCCGACAUCAUCAAUCUUCCUGAUGUCACUGGAGGUGGUCUUGCUGCUUUACCCUCUGCAGCUGAUCUUUUCAAUGUUCAUCACUAAGAUACUGAAUCAAGAAUGCUCUGCACACAGCUUAGCUUCAUUACACAAAAGUUUCAAUUGUAAUUUAAAUAUCUUGAUGACAUUUUCAAAACAAAAAGUCAUUUGAAAUCAAACAAAUCUUAUUUUUAUUCAAAUUUAUUCAUCACAAAUCAUCAUAUUGUGUCAUGUGAAGUUAAAACUUAAAGUUGAUUGAGUUGAGAAGAUAAAAAAAUUAAUUGUUUAUAUAAUUUGCUGGCCCUUGCCAUUGUUCCAAGAAUUCUAUAACAUCAGGUGCAUCGGUGUGAGGUGACAUUUUUGCAGCCACUGUCAAUUUACUCCAAAUAUCUCGAUUAGCAAGUAAAGAUGAUCGUUGAAAAGUGAUUGGCUGACGUCCUAAAACAGGAUAACCGGAAAUUAAACAAGCAGCAUCGCCAAUUCCCAAACUACUUUCAUAAAGAUUUCUGUCGUCGGUCGGAAGUGUUUGAUCGACUUUUUGAUCCAUGCUGAUGGCAAGAAUCCAAUCUCGAACUUCUUCAUGAAGCUUUACUUCGUGUCUCAGAUGCAUAAACUCAGGAAUAGGAACAGAGCUUGGAAAGUCAGUUGAUGAUAAAUCUGUAUGAUCAACUAAAUCCCCAGAGCCUUCUUCGAUUGCCUCACAAACAUCCAAAUAAUGAUUCAACAUGACGAAAGCUUCUGAUUCUCUUCCUUGUUGUCUCAAAUCCAUUCCAGCUUCAUAGAAUCCUUUAUCACAUGGAAUAAUGUCAGUAUAACGGAGAAGUGCGAUAGAAAUUUUUGCUGCAAUAUUUUGAAGUGCUGAAAUUUGACGGCAAGCAGCACGUGUAGCGUAAUAAUGAGCGAUUAAUAGAAGUUGAUCAAACUUUUCAAUUGCACUGUUGUCGGGAACAUCUGAGACUUUGAUUGCUUGUACAAGUUGAAAUAAAAACGUCCGAAGAUCCUUCCACAAACUCAUUCCAUCAGUUUCACGAAGUCCAAAACAUUCACUGGCAAUUCUGUGAUAAACCGUGAAGUUUUGCGGCAAUGGCGGUACACCAUGUUGUAAGAAGAGAUUCAUUGCAUUUGGUGCUUAGCCAUCACGAAUCAAUUGUGCAGCAUAUUGUGCAAGAUAUUUUUGAAGCACUUGACCGCCGUGCUGCUUUGCUUUCUCAAUACAACGUGUCCAUUGUCCUUGUUCAGCUAACAGAUCAAGUGCACUUGAGAUGUCAAUGUCUGCCAACAACUCGACAUUGCCUUGAUUUCUUAAUUUAAACUUUUGUUGAGACUCGACGUAUUUGAUUAGUUGUGGAUCGAUUUCCUUGGCCAAUCUUCGUGCCUUACUCCAAUUGUCAGAUUGGAUGAAGACGUCAACAGCUUCUUUUGG